AAUAAUAAUAAUAAAAUAAAACAGAUCAAUGAAAUAUGAGCAGAAGUGAAGAGUAUUACAGACAACUAUUCAACAGUUAAUAAUUUGAUAUUCAUUAUUAAAUAAUUAAUUUUAAACCUAAAUUUAAAUUGUAUUGGUAAAUUAUAUUAUCAUAGAAGUCGAGAUAAUCUGUGAUAGAAGUUAUAAAUAUGACAAAAACUGAGAAAAAAAAACAAGAAUUCAAUGUGGAGAUAACCCAAAAUCGCAUUAAUUACCUAUAUCAAUUAAGUACAGCUCUGGCUGAACAAUGUCCUGGCUUAUCAUCAACAUAUAACUCUAUAAUGAAAGGUUUAUCGCAAAAAAGUUUACUAAAAAUUGAUCCAGAAAUUAAAAGAAAUAUCUGUAAAGGUUGCGAUACUAUGCUAAUACCAGGAAAAACUGUAACAUGUCGUACAAUAAAAAAGUCCAAAGGCACAAUUAAAUGGUCAUGUAAUUUUUGUGGAAAGUCAAAAACUUUUAGAAAAAAUAACAAUAAUUGUAUGUGGUCAGAAAACUCUGAAUUUUUGUUACAAACUAUUAUUUACGAUUAAUAAAAUAAAUUGUUUUACCUGUUAA